AUGUUAUUUGCCUCCCCGACUCCUCAAUUGUUAAGCGUCAAGUGCGUUACCCCCACCCCCGGCCCGGCCGUUUCCCUCAUUCUUCAUAUUUUGUUAGUUUUAUUCAUUUUCCUUCGUCAUUUCUUCAACAUUUUCUUCUUUAUUCCUCUUUUUUCUUUUCUUUUUCAUCGUACCUUUCCUUCUUUGUUUUUCGUCAUAGGUUUCAUUCCAUUUUAUCUUUUCUUUCUCCAUUCUUAUCAGAUCUUUUCUUUCUCCUUUUUUCAUAUCUUCUGUCUUUCCUUUUCCACUAUAUUGCCUUCCCUUGUUUUUCAUCAUAUACCUAUUUUCUUUCUUUCUUUCUUUCUUUCUUUCUUUCUUUCUUUCUUUCUUUCUUAUCAAAUCUCUUCUUUCUCCCUUUACACUAAAUUUUCUCUUUCUCUUUCUUAUCAUACAUCUUUUCUUUCGACUUUUUCGUCACAAAUUUAUUCCCUUUUCUUUCAUUAUAUCAUUUCACUUCUUUUAUUAUAUUGCAUUUCUUCAAUUGUUCUUCAUUCUUUACAUUGUUUCUUUUUUUUCUUUCUUUUUUUUCCAUAUUCCAUGUUCGAACUCCUCUUUUUAUCUUAUUCUUUUUCUCUUUCAUUCUUUUUCUCUUUCAUUCUUUUUUCUUUUAUUAUUUUUCUCUUUCAUUCUUUUUACAUUGUUUAUGCUUUUUUUAAAAUUCAUUCUUCAUAUGUCUGUCUACGAUUUUAUCGUUCUCCCUCUGUCUUUUUCCUUAUUUCUUUUUUCUCUUUUUCUCUCUAUCCCAUACGUAUUUUCUGUUUCUUCUUCUCCUCUGAUGUCUGUCUACGAUUUUAUCGUUCCCCCUCUGUCUUUUUCCUUAUUUCUCUUUUUCUCUCUAUCCCAUACGUAUUUUCUCUUUCUUCUUCUCCUCUCUUUUUCAUACAGUCACACUUACUCUCCAAUAUUAACCCUUGCUCUCCUUUUUCUCCAAUUCACUUUCCGUCUCAGUUGUAA